CCGCAGGCAUGCUGGAAGACGGGAAGAAGUUCGACUCGUCCCGAGACCGGGGCAAGCCCUUCAAGUUCGUGAUGGGCAAACAGGAAGUCAUCCGCGGCUGGGAAGAAGGGGUCGCCCAGAUGAGCGUUGGUCAGAGAGCCAAGAUGAUAAUCUCGCCAGAUUACGCUUACGGGGCGACCGGUCACCCUGGCAUCAUCCCACCAAACGCCACCCUAAUUUUUGACGUGGAGCUUCUAAAGUUGGAAUGAGCGAGAGGCCUCCGUCCUCCCAUUUCCCUGCUCUGGGGUUCGGCACACGGAGAACCCCAGGCGCCCUUUGCUUCGAGAUGAAUGCACACUAAUCUGUAUGGAGCUUUCCCGGCUACCCGCCACUCUCUUGGUGUCGCCCUCCGCCCCCCCCCCCCCCC